CCCGAAACAAUUAGUUUUAAGAUAAAAUUAAUAUAGUACUACGUAUAUGAAUAUAAAUAAAAUAUUUCCUAAUAUAUGAUUAUAAUCACGGUGGAUAAAAAAAGAUUUAGUAACUUUUAGUGACUACAAAUAUGUUGAAUUUGUUUAGCGUAAUGAUGACCAUGAGAAUAUAUUUAUAGCAACUCUAGUAACUUUUUGAUUUAUAAAAUUUAUUUCAUAAUAUUUUUAAGAAACAUAUAUUAUUUAUAUAUAUGCAUCUUACAUAAAAUAUUAAGAUAAUUAUCUUCUUUAAAUUUGAAUUGUUGGUGAUUUUGGAGACUAAUAUUUGUGUUAUUAUUUGCGGUUUGUAUUUUUGAUUAAUUUUAUUUGAAAAUAAGUGUUAAAAUAUAAGAGAACAAUGACAUAUUUCACGUCCGGGCUUCAACCGGUCUAACCCGAACCCGGACCGAACCCGGGCUACCAAAAACCCGACUCGGACCGAAUAUAAUGGGCUUUGUUCCGGUCCCUAAUUUUCAUAACCCGAGACCUUCCGGGUAAUUUCCGGGUUUAGCAAAAACCCGACCCAGACCGGACCGAUCUCACCCCUAUUUGGAGAUAGAGCAAGCCUCGGCCAGCUGGGCUUUUGGAGUCAUUCUGAUCUCCCCUUCGGACGUGGCCUUCUGGGAGCCAAGACCUUUGAUCAGUUCGCAGCACUCCGUAUCUUUUGGACAGGGAGCUGGACAUCCUCUCACUGACCCGAGGCCAAACUGCUUGGGCUGGCCACCUACCGACGGCGGUACGGGCGUUUACCGCGGUGCAAAGGGUGCGACGGAGACCGGCCUUGGUGGGUUCCGGCGGAGCUUCAUUAAUGGCGGAAUUUCCUUCCGGUCGCGUCAGCUUCAGGUCGCUGAUGACGAGCGGUGGUGUGCGACUGAGGCGGUGGCCGCCUGAAACAGUUGGGGUGCUGCAGCGAGCUUCGCCUGGCGCAGCUGACUUCACCCGGAGGUCCACCGCGGUGGGGAUGGUUACGGCGGCUCCGGUGACCUCAAAAACAGAUCUGGAAAAAAUCCAGAUUUGGGCUUCCCAGAUUUUCGUAGCUUCCUGGCUUCUCCUUCCUUUCCUCAGAACCAUUUGUUUCUUUUUUCUUUGCUUGAAUCCAGUUCAUCCGUAUCAGUUUUUUGUUUGUAUUUUGUUGAAAAUCAGUUCUCGUCUAGAGUUGGUUGUCGAAGCUGAAGAACACGCUUAGUCUUUUUGAACUGAUUCCCACAGACGGCGCCAGUGUUGAGUUUAAUCCAACACGAUAUAGUAAAUAUAUGUAUGAAUACUCAGUUUUUACGUGGAAACCCGAGAGGGAGAAAACCACGGGACUUUUUAGGCUAAUGUCCAAGUCCUCUCUUUCUCAUUAGGACUCUCCUCACCAUUACAUAAUACAAUUUGAGCUCCCAUUAAUGGAGUAUUAUCUAAUCUAGAGAGCUAAAGGAAGAAGAAAAAGGAUCCCCAAUAUGGAGGGAAACUCCUAUAUUUAUAGAGAAUAGGGGAAGGGAUGCUCUCCACCCUAAUGGGCCGCAUGGGCCGGAGUGGGCCCAAAUGGCUAAAGUGGGCCGGAUGGGCCGAAAUGGGCCUAGCUGCUCGGGCUCCGUACUACGUAAAGCCUUGGACUCAUGAACAGUAAUAGGCCGGGAUAAUAUAUCCCAACAAUUGCCAAUGCAUGGGUAAGGACAAUAAACCCAUUUACUGCAUCCAUUUCAGAAUCCAUUUGUUAUUGUUACCACAUUCAUGUUACAAUACAUAGUUAAUAUACCUUCGUAUCAUUUUUAGUAGAUGAUUAUAUGACUUCUUAUAGGAUUCUGGACGGAUAAAUUUUUCUGGAUUUUAUUGCCAAAAGAGUUAAUUUUGAAAGGAUUCUAAAAUUGCAACCUAUUGUUAAUUUUGAGGUCUGUUUUUUCUAACUUGAGUGAUUUAGGUCCAUUGGAGGUUGAAUAUGUACUUUGUACUUCGUAUAAGACUACAAAUGAAAUAUUGUAGUCCUGUGUUAGAACUUUUAUUGUGCGUCAAGUUUGUCUGUAAUGUCUUGUUUAAAUAAAGUAGACUAGUUAUACCAUUUAUGGUAUUAGAUUAGUAUUUAUUA